AAGAGCAAAAUCAUGGGAAAGAUAAUAUUCUAUGAGGACAGAAACUUCCAUGGUCGUAACUAUGAAGUCAGUGGUGACUGCCCUGACGUGACCUCAUACCUGAGUCGCUGCUGCUCCUGUAAGGUAGAAGGCGGCUGCUUCAUGGUCUAUGAGCACUCCAACUUCAUGGGUUUCCAAAUGCUGGUUAGAAGAGGAGUGUAUCCUGAUAACCUGCAGAUCAUGGGUAUGAGUGACUUCAUCAGAUCUUGCAGAAUGAUCCCUAUGCAUAUAGGAACAUUUAGAAUGAGAAUCUUUGAAAAAGAGAAUUUUGUUGGACAAAAGUUCGAGCUGAUGGAUGACUGUGAAUCUAUCCAGGAACGUUUUCACAUAUCCGACUGCCAGUCGUGCAAUAUCACACAUGGCCACUGGCUUAUGUAUGAACUGCCCAAUUUUGAAGGCAGAAUGAUGUACAUCCGGCCAGGGGAGUAUAGCAGCUUUAGGGAAAUGGGCCUGGGCCCAAUUACAGUUGGUUCUAUCAGACGCAUCGUGGAGUCCUGUUAAAGGAAUUUACACUUGCUUCAUUAGUUGAAAGAAUUCAUUCUCAUUUGAUUUCCAUGUAGUUCUCAACAAAGCGUGUAGUGAGAAAUUAAAACUUGAAUAAACAU